CAAAUCGCCCGUCUCUACUCUUCCGGCUGUGUGUCAGCGCUCAGCAGCAGCAACAGCAACAGCAGUAACCAACAGCAUCCCUAUAAGACAGAAGCCAAAUCCAGACAUCAGCGCAGCUAUCACUGUGUUUUGUAGGUGAUAGAUUUACUGGAAAUCGGAGAUUAGAAAAGCCAAGGAGACCAUGUUCUAGAGCACCCGUGCCGACAGCCCAUUAGCUACAAUGAACAAUGAGGACGAGUUCUAUGAUGCCGUCACAGGCUUGGAUUCAGAUGAGUCUUGUGAGGGCACAUCAGAAGGCAGUUUUAAAGAUGCUGUAGUGUUUGACGGCGCUCAGAAGAACAAUGGCGUGGUUCCUCAGGAGAAUGGAAUCAAGAAACGCAGGUCGUGUCUUCCUGCCCCCAUGUUCUCCAGAAAUGAUUUUAGCAUAUGGAGCAUCCUCAAGAAAUGUAUUGGACUGGAACUGUCCAAGAUCACCAUGCCCAUCGUCUUCAAUGAGCCUCUGAGCUUUCUCCAGAGACUCUCUGAGUACAUGGAGCACACAUACCUCAUCCAGAAAGCCUGCGAGCAGUCCGACUCUAUAGAGAGGAUGCAGGCGGUAGCUGCCUUCGCUGUGUCUGCAGUCGCCUCUCAGUGGGACAGAACCGGCAAACCUUUUAACCCCCUUUUAGGAGAGACCUACGAACUUACACGAGAUGAUCAGGGUUUCAGACUGAUCUCAGAACAGGUGAGUCACCAUCCGCCCAUCAGCGCGUUCCAUGCGGAGAGUCUGACGGGUGACUUUGUGUUUCAUGGCUCAAUCUACCCAAAACUCAAGUUCUGGGGCAAGAGCGUGGAGGCCGAACCUAAAGGAACCAUCACGCUAGAGUUAUUCAAGCAUAAAGAGGCAUAUACGUGGACCAAUCCUUUCUGUUGUGUGCACAAUAUCAUUCUGGGUAAACUGUGGAUCGAGCAGUACGGCACUGUAGAAAUUGUCAAUCACAGUACUGGAGAGAAGUGUGUUCUGAACUUUAAACCCUGUGGGAUCUUUGGGAAAGAGCUGCACAGAGUUGAAGGUUACAUUCAGGACAAGAGUAAGAAGAAGCGCUGUGUGAUCUAUGGGAAAUGGACAGAGUGUAUGUGGAGUGUGGACCCACAGGUGUACGACGCCCACCGUAAACUCGAUAAGAAAGGAACGACAGACACUAAAAAACAGAAACCGGAGGAGACAGAAGGAUCUAUCAACGAGGAUGCUGAUGAGAUGCCUGAUGUGCAAGAGACUGUGGCUGUGAUUCCUGGUAGCACGUUACUGUGGAGAAUAUCACCUCGACCGCCUCAUUCAGCAGAGAUGUAUAACUUCACAAAUUUUGCUAUGACACUCAAUGACUUGGAACCUGGCAUGGAGGGAUUGCUGGCACCGACAGAUUGCCGCCUACGGCCUGACAUCAGAGCCAUGGAGAAUGGCAACAUGGACGAAGCCAGCAGUGAAAAGGAGAGACUGGAGGAGAAACAGAGAGCAGCUCGUAAAGAACGGGACAAAGAUGGUGGCGAGUGGUCCACUAGGUGGUUUCAGUUCGGCACAAACCUAUACACAGGAUCACAGGACUGGCUUUACACCGGGGGAUAUUUUGAUAGGAAAUACACAGACUGUAAUGAUAUCUACUGAUGACAAGCUUCAGCGACCACCUUCCUUUCUCUCCCCAACUGCAGCAUCCUUCUCUACUCAACAGCAUAUUAAAGGGAUAGUUCACCCUAAGCGCUCAUCUCAUUUUGCUCAGCACCUGCUCACCCAAAUUCAUAUUCAAAUUCAGAUCAUGGGUUUUUUCCAUAAUCAGUUAAUUUAUGUCUUUGCUCAUUUAAUUGGUUGGGUUGUUCGUUUUCUGGGAAGGAAAUAGAGAUAGGUGAUUGAAUUACACACACUUGUAAUGUCACGACGUUUGACAGUUUGAUUUCUGGAAGCAUAUUUAUUCAUGAACCCUGUAGGUUUAUCAGAAGAGGAAAGUAGCAUAAGCUACUGUUUUGAAGCUCAGUCAUGCACUGUUAUAUCUCAUGACAUCACUCCCUGCGCCAGUGUGGGCACUACAGGUGACUCUAAACGUCUUUGGCCAUGAGACUCAAAUAAAUCAACUAAAUCCAGAUUUGUUGAGCUUUGCUAGCACUGAGCCACGAAAGAUUUCUUGUCCAGCUUUAUGUAGAGAGUUAGAGAGAGUGUGAAGGUGAUCCAGCAUUAACAAAACAAAAGUAAUAAUGUUUAACAAACGUUAAUAAUAAACUCAGUUUGUGUGUAUGCGUGCGAUGUGGCGAUUUGUGUAAAAAGUUAUAGAUUUUGUUUUAAUCGGUACAGUGUUUUGCUUUUUCAAAUGUCAGACCUCAAAAUUUAACGAAAAGUACCUUCGUCGUUAAUAAAUGAUCGUAAAGCGUUUUAAAAAUAGCUUGCUCGCUUUCAUUGCUUCCUUCCACUAUGUGCUUAUGCACCCAUUGCCCCAGUAGAGACUCAUUGGAGCUGUUUGUAUUGCCAUUUAUCGGUUGUUUAAUAAUUAACAAAUGAUCACAAAACACGGUUUAUUGACAUAAUGCACAUUUUCUGUUUCACACGGUCUGAUGUAUUGGUCGCUGUUGUUCCUCAAGCACUGUCCAGGUUGUUAUAUGUAGAGUCACGAGUUAUGUAUCAGUCAGCAUUUGCACCAAUUUUCACUUUCCUUUAUCACAGUGUACUCGUCUACAAAUGUUUAAGAACACAAAAUCUAUGCAGCCCAUUAAACCGCUUAAAUCCCUCAUACUGUACGUGUUUGAAUAGUUCAGGCUUCAUAAAUAUGAAAUGUACAGAAUGGCAGCUGUGAAGUACAGUUAAAGUAUGAAAUUCUGUUCGCUUUCUGCUCCUUGUCUGCUGUCUUUGCUUUGAAAGAUCUUUUACAAGCUAAUAACAUUCCCUUUCAGACUACAAAAUUGUUUAUUCUUUCAUUCAGAGAUGUAAUGUGUAGGAAAUGAACUCUGAUGAGCAGGGUUUGAUGUAUAGUGAUGCUCUAGCAGUUGUUGUUACACAGAUGUGUUUUUCUUUUCCACAGUGCCUGACUUUAAAAACAUCUGUCACUUACUCUCAAAUUGUCGUGACUUUUCCCUGCUUAGUGUUGAGGGUAUUUUUAAUACUUAAGUAUGUUAGACAUUUUAUUUGAUUUUUCAAACAUUUCCCCUUGUCUGAGUGAGUAUCUGAACGAUGUAAAAACGAAUCACCAUUUGUUUGAUACACACAACAUUUACACUACUUGGUUCGUGUCCUUUUUGUAUCUGCUCUUUCGUUGUGUGUGUAUUUGAUUAUUUGAAAACUAGCGCUAUAAAACUAAUGUUCUACAAUUAAAAUAUAGAUUUUAUUUUUA